UAAAGUCACUAUAGAAGAACUAUCAUUGUUAACCAAACAUACAAAGUAUAAUCUGGAAGCAAAGAGGGUAAAAAUCCCAUAUUUAUGGAAAAAUCUCAUAUUUUUUAUCCAAGGUGAGGACUUCUAUGGACAAAUUAAGAUUUAAUUGUAAAUCAAAAUAUCGCCCCAAACAGAGAGCACAUGCUUCUUUCGAAAGGUCUUUGGGAGGGGGUGGGUAAAUACGGAUUGAGAUUUGCCCUCACAAUGAGAAAAGAGUGUGCAAAGCUUUGGCACUCAAAACUGUGGCUAUCUGAACAGCAGAGAUAAAGGAUUAUCUCUGUCAACAUGAUGCAAUUUACCCCAUCAGAGAAACCCAUCUGCAAGAAAUACAGCACAGAAAGACGCCUUUUAGGGUGAGGCUUCAUUAUCUCUUCAUACAACGGGGAGUUAUGUCUUGUUGAGGAAAACCUAUGUAUACCAAAUUCCCACAGCCUAUAGUGCCUGAUAGGAACACAGAUCAUAUAUACUGCUUGAUGCUCUGGGGAACUUCCUUGGAAAGACUCUGAGACUGACUCUUUGGACUGAUGUUUCCAGGUCUUGUACGGAUAUCUAGUUAAGACGCAAUGCAGUUUGGGGACAGAGCAGGGUGAGCAACAGGGUUGUGAAGAACAACGGUACCAAGGGACACAACUAUGGAUCUUCAACGAAGAGAUCCAGCCAUCUACCUGGGCCAGUCGGGGCCAAUGCCUCUCCCUCAGGAGGCACAGAGCAAUCUGCAGAAUUUCCUAAAGGGGGAGCCAGUUAUUCUUGGGGUGAGCCAGAUCAUGAUUGGCCUAAUGAAUAUUUGCCUGUGGAUCAUGGUAAAGGUCUUUCUUUCAUUCCACAAACUACAUCUAUUCCUAGAGAACACGGUAUAUACCUUCAUUUUCCUUUUGGGACCAAUCUUUUUAAUUUUAUCUGGAACUAUGUCUAUUGCGUCUGGAAAGAAAACAACAAAAAAAAUGAUCUGUAGCAGCCUUGGAACGAACACGCUGGCUGCCAUAUUGGCUGGAGUGUCGCUAAUAAUCCUUGCAAUCAGAACGGAAGUCUCCAGUCACUUCUUAUCAGAAACAGUUUUAGCUCGUUAUUUCUUAAUUGGGAUUAUGAUUAUGAAACUGAUCCUCAUAAUCCUGGGACUCAUCGUCUCGGUGUUGCUGUCUGCAUUUGGAUGCAGUGCUGUCUGCUGUGAUGUGACCUCAGUGGUUGUCGACUUAUCCUCCAAUGACUGUGGAGUUGCCGUAGCCUCUCUUUAUCAUUAUUAUGAUGAUGUGGCUUUCCAACAUGCUUAGUUGUUGGAGAUACCAACUUUUGACCCAUUCCUGGACUUCCUCUAAUCGUAUCAUUAAAAGUAAAUCAGUAAUCAGGUAGUAAAUAGAGUCUUAAGUGUCUGGGGGGCGGGGAUCCAAGGUCAUAGAUUUGCUGAUGUUGACUCUGCUGGGGCGCCCUACUCUAUCCUCAAUUAUGAUUCCAUUUGGGCAUGAUCAAUGAAGUAUGUGAUCCCUCCGCAUCGGCACUGGCAUCGUCUCAUACCGUUGGCGGUAGGAAGAAAAGGAACACACCAGAAAGGUUGUAGGUAUUUGGGGAUUCUGGUCUGGCCUUGGAGGAUGUGUGCCAGAACAGCUGAUCCCCACAAUUUCUGAGAAGCCCUUCACUUUGGACUAUAAUGCUAAUGCUAUACUGGGAGCUGUGCAAUAGGCCAGCUAGGUAGAUCGUGUGCUUCCUGACACUUUCCCUAAAAUGUACAAUUUUCUAUGACAUAAAUGAAUUAAAAUAAACCCUGCUUUUAUCCUUUAACCUUGAAGUAGCCAUAAUUUUCCUUUAUUUUCCAUUUUGGUGUUCUCUGUCCCAUUCCGAUUAUACAUCAUGAAGUCAGUGAUGGCCUUUUCAACUCAGGGUCCUGUAAAAGCAACCCAAUGAGUAAAGUGUGACUGAUGUUUGAAAAUAGGGAAAUACACACACUUUCUGCACACAGGUUCUGCUUUUUCAGUGAUUGAGCCCCUGCAGGUCCUUAUUCUCCUUUGCGUCGUGGAUCCUGACUCAGCCUGAAGUAACCCACCCACUGUGUGGCAAGGGAAUAGUGAUCAUCACAUUUCGACUUUUUGGAAAGGCCUGGAACACUAUCAGUUUGUAAUCUAUAGUCAAAAGACACAUGUGGCCUCUCUUAAUAUAUGGCUAAUCACAAUUUAAGGAAGUGCUGGCAGAUGGCUUAAUGCAAUUCUGCCUGUACCGCCUAUAAUGAGAUUAGAAACCGGCAACUCACUGUGUGAUUCUGGCUUAGCUGUUGCCACAGUCUGAUAGCAUUUCGUCAACUACAAUAUAUUACUGGCACUUAACACUGUCUUAAACACUAGACUAAGUCUAUGGAAACAAACAAAAAAAUGUAGAAAAAACAUCCAAAGCAAACUUUAUCUCUUCUUUUAAUGUUUUUUCACAGAAAGGAAAGUCUGCUGUACUCAUUUACUAGUUCUAGAUUUUUUAAAAGAUUCUGUAGGAUUUUCUACAUAAACAACGAUACCUUCAAUAGGGACAUUUAUAUUUCUUACUUUCCAAACUUUAGGUCCUUCUUUUCUUGCCAUAUGACCCUGGCUAUGACUUCCAGUAGAUGUUGAACAGGAGUGGUGAGCACAUAUACGCUAGUAUUGGGGAAUAAGUAGUCAGUAUCUCACUGCUGGGUAUGUUGUAACUGUAGGUUUUUGUAUAUGACUUUUUCCAGAUAAUGGGAAUCCACAUCUUUUCCUAGUUUUUUGAGAGGUUUUUCUUUAUCAUGAAUAAAUAAAUUUCGUCAGACACGUUUCCUGUAUAUUGAGAAGAUCAUGUGGGUUUUUGUAUUUAUUCUGUCAAUAUGAUGAGUUGUACGCAUUGAUUUUUUUGUUAAACCACUGUUGCCUUCCUGAAAUAAACUCUGUUGGCUGUGGUGUGGUAUCUCUUGAUAUACUUUUGGAUUUGAUGUGAUAACAUUUUGCUGUGGAUUUCUGGACCUAUGUUGAGAGUUAUUGCCACAUAGUUCUUAUAUCUUUGUCUUGUUAUGGUAUUGGAGCAAUGUUGACCUCGUAACAUAGAAGGGAUUACGUCCAACUUUUUUUCCCUUAAAUAUUUGGUAGAAUUAGCGAUAUAUGAUGGAGUUGGUUUUGUUAUUGUUGUUGUUGCAAUGGUUUUUGUCUAUACACUCAAUUGUUUAAUAGAUAUUAAACUAAGGAAAUCAUCUA